GCCGGCUUCAGCUGAAACAGCGCAGGAGAAGCAGGUGGAAUUAAUUUGUCAGUCGGAAGAAAGCUGAGCAGAAUCCGACCUGUGCGAGCUGGAAGAUAUCUGUGUAAUUUCAGACACACUGGACAAACUUAAUUUGUUUGAUUUGAAUGGACAAGGCAGCCAGAAGUAUACAGCUAGUGAGGUCCAGUAAAGGUUCCAUAAUGCCAGUGAAGAAGAGGAAAUUACCUGAUGACCAUGAGCACAAGUGUAAAAUUACCAGUUUCACUCGCCCUCAGAUCUGCGGCGUGAAGACGUUUAACUCUGACAAGCAGUUUUCCAAUAAACGAUGCCUGGCCUGGUUUCACAAGUAUGCCGGUCCUGACAAGGUGUUUGGACCGGAGGCCAUGGAGAAGUUCUGUGAAGACAUCGGAGUAGAGCCAGAGAAUAUUAUUAUGUUAGUUUUAGCCUGGCACCUAGAAGCAGCAAAUAUGGGGUACUUCACAAAAGACGAGUGGCUCAGGGGAAUGUCACUAUUACAGUGUGACUGCACAGAGAGGUUACAGGGUAAACUGGAUUAUCUACACACUGAGCUCAACGACUCUGUAGUCUUCAAAAAUAUCUACAGAUAUGCAUUCGACUUUGCCAGAGAUAAGAACCAGAGGAGUUUAGACAUGGACACGGCUAAAUCCAUGCUGGCUUUGCUGCUUGCCAGGACAUGGUCUCUCUUUCCCACCUUUCACCAGUUCCUGGAGCAGUCAAAGUACAAGGGAUUAAAUAAAGACCAGUGGUAUAAUGUUCUGGAGUUCAGCAGGACCAUCAACACAGACCUCAGUAACUACGAUGAAGAUGGAGCUUGGCCAGUGCUGCUAGAUGAGUUUGUUGACUGGCAGAAGAUGAGGUCAGCAUCUUUAUAGACUUCACCGCCAAACAGAGGAGAGGAAACCAGGACUACAAAAGUGCGGAGGCAAACAUUUCGUACAGGAACAAAUGAGUUUUUGGUUUCAUAAACAUG